AUGGCUAGUGAAGAACAACCUAAUAGCCUCAAGCCCCCACCUCCAGCUCCGGCUCCUCCCUCUCUCCCUCACUAUCCGGAGUUGAUUAUGGCAGCGAUCGAGGCUUUGAACGACAAGAAUGGCUCGAACAAGUCGUCAAUUUCCAAGCACAUCGAGGGCACCUACGGAACUCUCCCAGCUGCCCACUCAACCCUUCUCUCUCAUCAUCUCAACAACAAGAUGAAAGCAAGUGGUCAGCUCGUCAUGGUCAAGAACAACUACUUAAAGCCUGACCCUAACGCCCCGCCUCGCCGUGGCCGUGGUCGCCCUCCGAAGCCCAAGGCGGCGCUUCCGACGGACACUGUGGUGUCUCCACCGCGACCAAGGGGUCGGCCACCAAAAGCUAGGGACCCACUUGCUCCUGCACCACCACCCAAGAUGACGGCAACGUCGAGUUCUAGUGGAAGGAAACGUGGGAGGCCACCGAAGGCGGCUAAGGCUUCUCCGGCACCACCGCCGGUAGUCGAGGACGGAAGGUGA